AGUCAUAUUCCUCCAAAUUCCUCCGAUAAUUGAUAAUGGAAAACCUGGCUUGCACUGUCGGUCAAAGUCUUAUUUCUUAUACUAUGGAUCUUCUCUUUGACAAAUUAAUCUCCUGUGAGGUGAUCAGUUUUGCUCGCAGAGGAAAACUCUACUCUGAAAUCAACAACCUCCGGAACAUUCUGCUCAAGAUCCAAGCCGUUCUGGAUGAUGCUGAGGAGAAGCAAAUUUCUGAUCGGUCGGUCAGGAUCUGGCUGGACGAUAUCAGGGAUUUGGCCUACGAUUUGGAAGACUUGUUAGAUGAGUUUGCUACUGAAAGUUUGCGGCAAAACUUGAUGAGAGAUUCUCAGCUCAUGAAAACCAAGGUACCGCACAUAAUUUUUUCGUUCAUUUUGAAUAUGAAAAUGGGUCUCAAGAUUAAGAAAAUAGCUGAAAGAUUUCAAGUUAUGGUGAAUGAAAAAGAUAACCUCAGGUUGAAAGAAAUUGGGGUUUUUAAUCCAGGGAGGGUUAGUUUAAUCAAAGAAAUUUUGCCAUCUACUUCUUUAGUUAUUGAAUCUCGUGUUUACGGUAGAGAAAAAGAUAAAGAGAAGAUUGUUGGGAUGCUGAUGAAGAAUGAAAAUGGAGGUGGUAGUGGUGGUGAUGAUGUUUGUUUGAUCUGUAUUAUUGGUAUGGGUGGGGUUGGCAAAACAACUCUCGCCCAGCUUGUUUAUAAUGAUUGUAGAAUUAAUGAGUAUUUUGAUUUGAAAGCUUGGGUUUGUGUGUCUUAUGAAUUUGAUGUUGUAAGGAUAACAAGGACAAUUUUAGAAGCAAUCACUAAUGAGAUUUUCAAUUCAAGUGAUUUAAACUCACUUCAAGUAAAGUUGAAAGCGAGUUUAUCUGGGAAAAAAUAUCUGAUCGUGUUGGAUGACGUUUGGAAUGAGAAUUACCUACUCUGGGAUGCUCUAAGAAGUCCCUUUUUACCAGGGGAUGUUGGAAGCAAAAUAAUUGUUACAACUCGUAAUGAUGGUGUUGCACAAGUUAUGGGAGCUGUUGAGAUUUACCGCGUAAAUUUGUUGUGUGAUGGUGAUUGUUUUUCUUUAUUUACACAACUAGCAUUGGGACGUAGAAAUCUUGAUGAGCAGCGAGAACUUAAAGAGAUUGGUGAGGAGAUAGUGAGAAAAUUUCAGGGGUUGCCAUUGGCAGCAAAAGUCAUGGGAGGCCUAUUGCAGAACAAAUUUGAUCGUGGUGAAUGGGAAGCUGUUUUGAAUAGCAGGAUGUGGGAUUUUCCAGAACAGAAAAUUGGCAUUCUUCCAGCUUUGAGAGUAAGCUACCAUCAUCUUCCUUCCUAUUUGAAGCAAUUGUUUGUUUACUGUUCAAUUUUUCCAAAAGGUUACAAAUUUCAUAAGGAUGAGUUGGUUUUGUUAUGGAUGGCAGAGGCUUUUCUCCUACACCAAAGGGGAAAGAAACUAGUGGAAGAUGUGGGAGGCCAUUAUUUUAAUGAAUUAUUGGCAAGGUCAUUUUUUGAACGAUCUAAGAGCAAGGAAUCGCUGUUUGUUAUGCAUGACCUUAUAAAUGAUUUGGCAAAAUCUGUUGCGAAAGACAUAUGUUUUUGUUUAGAAGAUAAAGUUGACAGCAAUGAGCCAGUUAGAAUUCUUCAAAAGACUCGUCAUAUGGCGUUCACUCGUCACAAUUAUGAAGUCUUACAAAGAUUCAAAGAUUGCUACGAAAUGAAGUCUUUACGAACACUUUUAGCACUACCGAUUCAUACUUCAACUUGGACUGCAGGUUGCUACUUAAGUAAAUCUUUCCAUCAUGAAAUGCUGCCAAGGUUAAAAUGCUUAAGAUCUUUAUCUUUGAGUGGUUAUGGCAUUAGAGAGCUGCCAAAAUCAAUUGGUGAUUUGAAACAUUUACGGUAUCUUAAUUUGUCUUGCACUGAAAUUAGUUUGUUGCCUGAAUCAGUCAGUAAACUUGUCAACUUACUGAUAUUGAAUUUGCGUGGUUGCUCAAAACUAACAAAGUUACCUUCAGGUAUCAUCAACCUAAUCAAUUUGCAUUAUCUUGAUAUUAAAGAUACAACUUGUUUGCUAGAGAUGCCUUCUGGGAUAUGUAAGUUGACCAAUCUACGAAAAUUGACCAAAUUUGUUGUGGGUAGAAGCAAUCACCUCAAGCUCAGAGAGUUGAAAGAGCUAUCACAUCUUCGAGGUGAGCUUUCCAUUUAUGGAUUGCAUAAUGUGGUGAAAGUUAAAGAUGCAGAGAUUGCCAAUUUAACGGAGAAGCAUGGUCUUGUUGAAUUAACUUUGGAAUGGAUUAACAUCUUCAAUGAUUCAAGGAAUUUAAAUGCUGAGUUACGUGUCCUCAAUUAUCUAAAACCUGAUAGAAGCCUUAAAAAGCUUACAGUUUCAUGUUAUGGUGGUACAGAGUUUGCAUCUUGGAUAGGGGAUCCCACAUUCACUAACGUAGUCUACAUAUACCUACUUAAUUGUAGAAAAAGCUCAUCGCUUCCAUCACUGUGGAGACUACCUUCACUUAAAGAGUUGUGCAUCGAAGGCAUGGAUGCUAUAGAAAAAGUAUAUCAAGAAAAGCCUUUUCCAUCUUUGGAAACUCUCCGGUUUAAGAGUAUGUUGAAGUGGGAAUCGUGGUACUUUCCUUCUGCAAGUAAUGAAGCAAUUGAAGAAAUUUUUCCUUGUCUCAAACACCUUACCCUACAAAAUUGCCCAAAGUUGAUUGAGAAAUUACCCACCCAAAUUCCUUCCCUUAAGAAGCUUACCAUUAGUGAAUGUCCAAGGUUGAAAUGUUCACUCAAAGGCCUCUCAUCACUUGUUGAAUUAGAUAUUGAAGAAUGCAAUGAGGAUCCAUUGAGAUAUGUAGCUCACCUCCCCUCGCUAACCAGUCUAAAAUCCAAGAGUAUCUCAGAACUUACAUCUCUGCCAGCAUCCAAGUUCAUGUCUCUCAAAGUGUUGCAAAUUGAAUCAUGUCCAAAGCUUAAGUCAUUCCCACAGAUACAUUUGGCAUAUUCUCUCAAACGUCUUCUGAUAAAAGAUUGUCCAGUUCUGAAGGCCUUGCCUGAUGAGAUGAUGAUUCUUAGUGGUGAAAACAGCAGGUGUCUUCUUGAAGAAUUGGAUAUUGAAGAUUGCCCUUCUUUUGAAUCCUGGAACUUUCCAAAUGGCAAGUUACCUACCAUGCUUAAAAGUUUGAAAAUCCAUUGCUGUCAAAGUCUACAGUAUCUACCUGAGGUAGCUUUUGAAAAUGAUGCCAGCAGCAACAUGUCGCAGCUUGAGAAAUUGGAGAUUGUUGAUUGCCCAUCUCUUACAUACCUUGGCACUGAAAAACUACUCUAUUGCCUUAAAAGACUGAGGAUUUCUUAUUGCUUGAAGUUUGAAAAAUCUUUGGAGAAAAUGCUUCGCAAUAAUGCAUCACUUGAAUGCAUUGACUUCUCAAAGUAUGUCAAUUUGUCAAGCUUCCCUGAGUGCCUUCAAGGCCUCUCAAAUCUCACUGAAAUAAAUAUAAAUAGUUGUCCUCAUCUGGAGUUCUUUCCAGAAACCGGCCUACCUGUCUCCAGCCUGAGAACCUUCUGCAUCUCUAAUUGUGAGAGUCUCAAGUCUCUUCCAAACCAGAUGCACGAGGUCAUGGCUCUUCGGAAUUUAACAAUAACCGAUUGUGCCAGUCUUGCAUCCUUGCCAAUGGGUGGUUUCCCCUGCAAUUUAUCAUCACUGCAUAUAUGGAAUUGCGAGAAUCUUAAGGUUCCCAUAGCUCAGUGGAAAUUGCACAGAUUGACCUCUCUUAGAGAGCUCAGAAUUUCUGGUGAAUGUUCUGAAGAUAUAACUUCCUUUCCGGUUGAUGAAGAUCUGCUUCCUCCAAGUCUUAUUUCACUUUGCAUCGGCAGAUUCAAGAAUCUAGCAAAUCUAUCCAGGGGACUGAAUAGUCUCACCUUGCUUGAAGAGCUGGAGAUCAUAAAUUGCUCUAAGCUUCAGUCCUUGCCUUGGGAUUGCCUGCCUGCCUCACUUGGAAGACUCAGUGUCAUGGACUGUCCCCUUCUAAGACAACAACUCUUCAAGGCGAAAAGAGCUAGUCGGCAUGUGAUAGCUCGCAUUCCUUGCGUAGAGGUGGAUGGUGAUUGCAUUCAAUGA